AUGUCGGAGACGACGGAGGUGAGACUGCACGGCGCAUGGGGCAGCGCGCACGCCGCCAUGGCCCGGAACGCGCUGGCACUCAAGGGCGUGCAGUACGAGUACGUGGAGGAGGACCUGGACAACAAGAGCGAGGCCCUGCUGCGCCUGAACCCGGUCCACCACGGGAAGGUCCCCGUCCUCGUCCUCGUCGUCGACGGCCGGCGGCGGCCGCUCGCCGAGUCGCUCGUCAUCGUCGAGUACGUCGACGAGGCGUGGCCCGAGAGCCCCGCGCUGCUCCCGCGUGAGCCCCGCGCGCGCGCCGCGGCCAGGUUCUGGGCGCGGUUCUUCCACGACGAGGUGUCGCCGCUGUCGCGCCCGGUGCUGUUCGCCGACGGGGAGGCCGAGCGCGCGGAGCUGGUGAGGGAGAUGAAGGCGCGGAUGGCCGUGAUGGAGGCCGGGAUAGCGGAGGACUUCCCGAGCGGUGAUGAGGGCCCGUUCGUGCACGGGCGAAGCCCCGGGCUGCUCGACGUCAUACUGGGCUCGUGCGCCGCGGGGACCCGUGUGCUCUCCGCCGUCUCCGGGGAGGAGAUCGUGGAUCCCUGGACGAUGCCGCGCGUGCACGCUAGCAUGGCCGCGUUCGACCAGCUCGCCGCCGGGUUCGGGACCACCGUGCCGCACGAACACCUUCUGGCCCGGCUCCUCCAGAGGAAGGCGAGGCCUCGCGCCGCAGCCGCGUGA